CCCCCACCCCUCCCCCAGCCUUUCCUUCCUCCACUUCCAUCCUCCUUUUUUACCUCUUUGGGAGCAAGUGAAGCGAGACCAGAAAAGCUGCGCGUGUUUUUAAAACUCUCCCGUUUGGAAUAGGGAGGAGGCAAAGGAAGAGAAGGGGGGGGAGUCACCCUCCUCGGGGUGGCUCUCGGCCCAGCAUGGAUCACUUAGGGGCGCACCACCUCCACCAGAGCCACGCCGAGCCCAUCAGCUUCGGAAUCGACCAGAUCCUCAACAACCCGGACCAAGGCAGCUGCAUGAUCUCCGGCGCCCGGCUGCAGGACGCGGCGGACUACGGCCUGGGCGGGGGAUGCGUGGUGAGCAGCGCUUACAACACCAUGACCGGCCACUAUGGCUCGGCGGCCGGCGGCGGGGUCUCCACCUCGGCGGGGGCUUACAACAACGGCGGGGCGUGCAGCAUGGCGUCGCUGGCCGGCUCUUACAACGUGAACCUGGGGGUCGGGGCCAUGAACGGAAAUAACCUCAACGCGGCCGGGGGCGUGAUCCGGGUACCGGCGCACAGACCCCUCGCCGGCGGCGUCCACCAGCCUCUCUCCACCGCCAUGCCUACCGUGCCCUCGGUGAACAACCUCACCGGGCUGACUUUCCCCUGGAUGGAGAGCAACAGGCGGUACACCAAGGAUAGGUUCACAGUGGCCCUCUCACCGUUCACUGUAACACGCCGUAUAGGUCACCCCUACCAGAACCGGACGCCCCCCAAGAAGAAGAAGCCGCGCACCUCCUUCACCCGCCUGCAGAUCUGCGAGCUGGAGAAGCGCUUCCACCGGCAGAAGUACCUGGCCUCGGCCGAGCGCGCCGCCCUGGCCAAGGCCCUCAAGAUGACCGACGCCCAAGUCAAGACCUGGUUCCAGAACCGGCGGACGAAGUGGAGGAGGCAAACUGCAGAGGAGCGGGAAGCAGAGCGGCAGCAAGCCAACCGCAUCCUCAUGCAACUCCAGCAGGAGGCCUUUCAGAAAACCAUCAACCAGCCCAUCCAAGCAGACCCCAUCUGUGUUCACAACUCCUCCCUUUUUGCCCUUCAGAACCUUCAGCCGUGGUCAGAUGACACUGCUAAGAUCACCAGCGUCACUUCCGUGGCCUCUGCUUGUGAGUGAAACCCUAAAGUUGGCCGUGCCUGGACAGCUGUGUUACAGAUAGCUGGCUUGACUCGACAC